AAUAGGCAAGCAGGCACAUCUGCAGCAGCGGCACAGCAUCGUCCUGAUCCUGAUCUCCCGGGUCUUCAGCUGCCAAUCCUCUCUGCGCGUCUCUGCUUGAGGUUUCACUGCCGGCUGAAGUGUCCAGAAGCCUCUGCCAACCAUCAGCUCCCACCAAACACUUUCUCUGGAGCGCGGUUAUUCUUAGCUCAGCGGCGAGAGACUGUCCUUCCGGUCCUUCUCUUAUUUAUCCCAGUUUCUUGAAUAUUUAAUGGAAAAUGGCGAUCUGCGCGCAGUCGUACGGUGUUUUCUGUCUCUUCGCAAUCCAAACUGUACUUAUCAUAUGCGUCUCCACGCCGACGGACGGGACCCACCUCUUCCCCCAGCACUACACAAUGAUUCACUGGGCAGGACGCAUCGAGAAGGAGCUGGAAAAGGUUCUGCAGCACGUCACCGGAACUCAGCAGAUGAGAUCGAUUUAUAAUGAGAAGAAGAGCCAGUUUGAAAUCAAGAGGAACAACCCCAAGGAAUUGGUGGAGCGAGUUGCACGGGACAUCUCCAAGCUUCUCAUCAGUAAGAGGAAAGCCCUGGAGAAACUGACCAGGGUGGCCGAGCAGCUUCAGAAGGAUCACGAAUGGCAAGAUGGUGUGACGGAGAGUGCCAUUUCAUACUACGAUUCCAAAGCGGGUUCAGAAGAUCAGACGGAGGACGGGGAAGAGGAGAACCCCCCGGAGAGCUCGACGUCCAUGGAGCUGGAGUUUGUGGAUGAUCCCAAUUUCAAAUGCCAGGUCAACUUCACUUCAAGUGCGGUCCAGAUUCCUACAGACAUAUACAAAGGCUCUCCGACCAUCCUCAACGAGUUGAACUGGACCCAGGCGCUGGAGAAGGUCUUCAUUGAGAACCGUCAGGACGACAGCUCUCUGCGCUGGCAGGUGUUCGGCAGCGCCACAGGAGUGACUCGAUAUUACCCAGCCACACCAUGGAGGGCGCCCAAAAAGAUUGACCUGUACGACGUCCGCAGAAGACCUUGGUAUAUUCAGGGUGCAUCUUCUCCAAAGGACAUGGUCAUCAUUGUGGAUGUGAGUGGCAGUGUUAGCGGACUCACUCUGAAGCUGAUGAAACACUCCGUAAUUGAGAUGCUGGAAACUCUAUCAGACGACGACUAUGUGAAUGUGGCUAGGUUCAAUGAGAAGGCUGUGGAAGUCGUUACAUGCUUCAAGACUUUGGUCCAAGCCAAUAAUCGGAACAAGAAAAUCUUCAAGAAGGCUGUCUGUGAUAUGACCGCCAAAGGAACCACAGAUUACAAGACUGGCUUCACAUUUGCCUUUGAACAGCUUCUCAAUGAGAGCAGUGCCCCGAGGGCCAACUGCAAUAAGAUGAUAAUGAUGUUUACAGAUGGCGGUGAGGAUCGUGCUCAGGACAUCUUUGAGAAGUACAACUGGCCCAACAAAACAGUACGUGUGUUCACCUUCUCUGUUGGCCAGCAUAAUUACGAUGUAACCCCUUUGCAGUGGAUAGCUUGUGCCAAUAAAGGUUACUACUUUGAAAUUCCAUCCAUUGGAGCCAUCAGAAUCAACACCCAGGAGUACCUGGACGUCCUGGGCCGUCCUAUGGUGCUGGCUGGGAAUAAAGCGCAGCAGGUGCAAUGGACCAACGUCUACCAGGAUGUUCUGGGUUUGGGCCUAGUCAUCACUGGGACGAUGCCUGUCUUCAACCGCACUGUUGAUACUGUGAGCCCUCAGAACCAGCUCAUCCUCGGAGUCAUGGGAGUGGAUAUUGCAAUCAAUGAAAUCAAAAGGAAGACGCCCACAUACAGACUUGGAGCUAACGGCUACACUUUUGCCAUCGAUCCCAAUGGCUACGUUCUGCUGCAUCCCAACCUGCGACCUAAAAUCUUUGACUACAAGGAGCCCGUUACUUUGGACUUUCUAGAUGCAGAGCUGGAGGACAGCAACAAGGAGGAGAUCCGUCGACAGAUGAUUGAUGGUAAAUCCGGGCAAAGGAAAAUCAAGACGCUCAUUAAGUCAGUUGAUGAGAGGUACAUUGAUGAGGCCGUGCGGACGUACACGUGGACGCCUGUGAAUGGUACAGAUUACAGUCUAGGGUUGGUACUGCCCACAUAUAGUGAGAACCACAUCAAGGCCAACCUGAGUGACCAGAUCCUUCAGGUGCAGUUGCCAUACACCAAGGAUUUUGAAUCACUGCUGCCAAACAGUUUUGAGUCUGAAGGACAUGUAUUCAUUGCUCCCAGGGAGUACUGCAAUGAUCUGGAACUGUCCAACAACAACACUGAGUUCCUGCUCAACUUCAUUGCUCUCAUGGAGAAGGUGACACCGGACUCCAAACAAUGUGACAAUUUGCUCCUCCAUAACCUGAUUCUGGACACUGGCAUCAUCAGGCAGCUGGUUGAGAAAGUGUGGAAGAAUAAAGACUUGAAUACAUAUGGCUUCCUGGCUGUGUUUGCUGCAUCAGAUGGAGGAGUUACAAGAGUGUUCCCCAACAAGGCUGCAGAAACCUGGGAGGAAGACCCCGAGCCGUUUAAUGCCAGCUAUUACCGGCGCAGUCUGGACAACAAGGGCUACAUCUUCAGAGCGCCUUAUCGAACAGCGCGGGACGAGCUGUUGAACCCGGAGAACGACACCAUCGGGAUCCUUGUGAGCACGGCUGUGGAGAUCACAGUAGGAGGGAAGACCAUCAAACCUGCAGUGGUCGGAGUGAAGCUGGACCUUGAAGCCUGGACGGACAAGUUUAAGAUCCUUGCUAGCAACCAUACAGACAACAAUCAGGGCUCAAAUACGUGUGGACCAAACAGAGGCUGUGAAAUGGAUUGCGAGGCCAACAGUGAGGAUCUCCUGUGCUAUUUAAUAGAUGACGGUGGAUUCCUAAUCAUGUCUAAUCAGAAGGAGGAAUGGAACAAGGUGGGCAUGUUCUUCAGUGAUGUUGAUCCCUACUUGAUGUACGCGCUCUACAACAAUUCCUUCUACAACCGCAAGCAGUCAUAUGACUACCAGUCUGUGUGUGAAGUAGUGUCCAAGACUCAAAAUGGGGCUGCACCCAGAGGAGUGUUUGUGCCCACAAUUGCAGAUUUUGUAAACGUGGCUUGGUGGACAUCAGCAGCGGCAUGGUCCUUGUUCCAACAGUUUAUUUAUGGACUGGCUUAUCAGAGCUGGUUUGUCAGAGAUGAGGUGGAUGCAGAAGGAAUGGACUCCACUCGGGUGCGCAGUUGUGUAAUGAUCCAGACGCAGUACUUCCUGAGUAAUCUCAGCAGCUCCUACAACAUACUGCAGGACUGUGGCAACUGCUCCAGGCUGAUUCAUGCCAAGAGGAUAAACAACACCAACUUGCUGUUUGUGGUCGCAGAGAAGAUGCCAUGCAACACCUGCGAGAUAGAGAAGCUGUCCCAGGAGGAGGAGGAGUUCAAAGACGAAGAUCCAUGUUUGACUGUGGCGCGCUAUCGAAAAGGACCCGGCACCUGCUUUGACAAUAACCUCACUGAGAACACAUCAGACUGUGGGCGAGGCCACUCCUUCCGCCCCUCCCUCUACACCUUACUGCUCAUCCAGCUGCUCCUGCUCUAUCCGGCCGUCAGCCCCCACUUUCACUCUCUACUACAUUAAUUCCAUUUUCCUCCACGUAUCUUCUUUUAGCCUUCCUGACCCAAAACCCUCCAACCCCACCUCCCACCUCCAUGCCCCUAUUCCCCGCCCCCCUUAUAUAGUCAUAGGUAAUAAAGGGACUUCCCUUCACAGCAAGUUGGAAGCCCUGAGUGCCGCGCUACCCAGCUCGCUUCAGUCCUUGUUGCUUAGUGACAACUGCCGGACGUUUGUGUACUCAGCCAGUUAACCUUCAUCUGCAGGAGGAGCGGGUGGUGCUGCAUCACCUGGAUCCUCAGAGGCAACGUCAGAAAACAGAAAACAUCACCCCCUUUAUCGAGAGAAGGGAGGGUAAAGAGGACAGGCCGAUGUCCUCGUCUCAGACCCCCCCGCCUCACACAGACUGAGGAGUAGAGGUCCUCUUCGCCUCUGUCCGUCAGACAGAAGGCGGGACUACUUCUUCUUCUCCUCCAUCUCAGAGUUUUGUCGCUCUGUCAACUGCCUCUCGUAGGCUGUGGACCAUCAGCCAGUUAUAGCCGCCACCAUAAAAGAAAAUAACAUUAAAAAAAAAAAAACUCAAGUAUACAACAUGUCAAGUAUAAGCCGCUGAAGUGAUGAGUAUUCCAAGCAUACAGUGUAUUUAGGUUUUAAUUUGAAAAGGAAGUCGUUAAGGUGUUUAUUUCAAAAGACAUUAAUUAUUUUAUGCACUAUAUCUACUUGCCAAAAUUAGAUAAACUUUCAUGUGGUCUUGUUUUUUUAUAGCCAAAACAUGAGGAGGAAAUGGUUUCCAAUUCUAGGUUUAGGAAAAACUAUGAGAGGAGACACUGAAUGCUGAUUCAUUUUGUGCAGCUUCUAAUUACAGAUUAUUUCUCGUAAAAGACGUCCACUGGGGAUUAUUGUAAUUACAUGAUGGUAAUCGCAUUUCUUCAAGUAUUUUUCCUCAUAUUUACUAUUUGAGGCUAGUGCUAUCUGGCUUAUUAUAACACUAGUGACAGCUGUGAAAUAUGAAUCAGUGUUUGCUCACUUCAGUGUCGUGUAUUAUUCUCCUUUACGAUCAAUCGACCAUUCUGACCUCUGGUUUUGGACGGAUGUUAAAAAAAGAAAAAAAAAAGAAAUCCCUGUGCUCUCAGAAGCAAAAGCUCACCUCUGCCAAUAUUAAUGAGGCUUUUCCAGUGACCUUUAUUAACUCUCCUCAUCACAAUUAUACAUGUGCUUUACUUCUGGUCAACCGACACACUGAGAUCUCUGCCUCAUGACCGUCUCAUAUAGUCCUGGUUAGGGUUUUCUUUUUACCUUUGACUGAUGCUGUUCCAACUUCAAAACCAUUCGCUGCUGGGGGAUAGGGGCUUAUCAACAUUUCCAACUAAAGUGCAGAAAAAGGCAACUAAAUAUGGUGAUCAUGUAAAGUAGUAGUCUGGUUGUAAUCCGUGGCAGUAAAUCAUUUGAUCAUUACGAUGUUUAGGAGCCGCUCUGUUUCAUAGUGCCUUGAUGCACUUUGUUUUUGGACCACAUGGGCUGUAUACGAGUAGAGCUACUGUAUAGUACCUUUAUAGAGCAGCCAUGUGUGAGGCUUUGGAUGUGAGACUGAAUCUGUUGGCUAUAGAAAAAGCUUUACACAUAGCCAUCACACUGACUAGCUCUAGCUUAAUGUAUUUGCCCUCUCGGCCCCCUGACUGCCAUCAUAUGGAGUUACUAUACCGUUCCUUUACCAAGCCGUGUAUAGAGCUAUGAUACACUAUCAGUACACAGCGACUUUACUGGCCAUAGAGCGUUCUUAGGGCCACCUGACUGCUAUCGUUCUGCCUGAAUCGUGUGUGGAUGUGUUUGUUUUCGUUAAAACCCUCAAAGGGAAUGUCAUUAUAAAUGAGUUGUGGAGUGUGUGAGGGAUGACAGUUGUGGUAGCAUAACUGUUUGUUUUUUUCCUGGUCCUGUGUUGCAACAGAAAUCCAAUGUUGUUGUGGUGGGGGAGAAAAAAAAAGGGAUUUUACUGAAACUAAAAUAAUUCAUCUUUAACCAUUACUCUGCCUAAAUGUUAAUCUGAGGGAGCCGAGGUGUCUGAAAGAAUGUGUAGUUCAUCAGUGUGUCUGCUUCAAAUGCAACAUAGCUAACAAAGCCUCUCAAAAUGCCUUAGUGUUACACAGUACAGAGCUCUGAUACGUUUCCCUCCCUCAUGUACACUCACACAAAAAGAUCCUCCAAAAAUAUUCACUCCCCGGGUUUUCUUGGUGUUCUGCAGUAAGUAUAGUGAGCUCUUAAUUUGUAUUAUCGCGUCUUUGAUGAUUCGUUAUUGAUUGAUGCCUGUUUUUUUAUUAAAUGCUUGAAAGCCAGGUGGGAGUUUUCCAUUUCAAAAAGCCUCCGACCUUCGAUGUUCACACCCACCCAAACCUCACUGUAUCGCUCAGAUGGGACGAUUCACAAUUUGAACUUAACCACACACUCUGUACAGUUGUUGGUACUAUUUGAUGUGACAAACAUGCUGGCAGAGAAACUGCAGCGCGGCUCCAAAAACGAAUCUAAAAAAAACAAAACAAGAGACUGUUAAAAGAUUAUUGUAUUUUCAAUUUGGCAGUGUUGAUAACCGGAUGCAGUUUGACUUUUUUGGCAUUUGUUUGUCUCUGUCCUGUGCCAUUGAAUCCUGUCUGUAUUUCCACUGUCUGUAAAUGAGCGCUACACGUGCCUGUGGAAAUGUACCCCCUGCAACUUCCUCUCUUUUCCUGGCCCUUGUACGCUUACAGUCCUCACACAUAAUCUGAAUAUGUAGGCCUACAGUUUUUUUGCACCUGCACCAAGACAUUAUGCACAACACACCUACGAGCAAACAUGUAAUGAUGACACUUAUUCAUGCCCAGCUGGGAGAUGUCAAGCACCAGGCAGAAGUAAGCCAAGGACGUCACUUCCCAGGUGUGUUUUUUUGAGAGCGGGUGAAAUGUCAGAGGCAAGCUCAGGGAGUGGGUCUCCACAGAGCAGCCGUCGGACUGAAGGUCAGAGAGGAAUCCUGUAGUGAUGUCUGUGUGUGCAUCCCAACGAGGGAAACGUCUUCUGAAGGGAACACGCGACUGAUUUCUGUGGUUUGACAAAUUUACUUUUGCCAAAAUAUAAAAUAAAAAUAUAAAAUUGGACCAGCUUGGGGAUGAUGAAAGGGAGGGGGUCUGCUUUAGGACUCAACCCUAAAUUAAGUAGGGGAUGGUUUUCAUAAAGCCUCUUGCCCCCCUCCCGACCCUCGCUGCAUCUGUGUUGGUGCGUCUCUGUGGGAAAGACACAGUGUGUAUGUGAUUCUGUAGUCUGUAGUCUGGUGCUAUGUGACCAUGUUUGACAAGUGUGUAAAAAAAUGACAGCAACAUUUAGAGUAAAAAAGUCAAAUUUUAAGUGAAGUUAUAAAAAAUAUAGGAAUACAGCACUGUUGAUAAGUUUGAGAUCUGAAGUAAAAAAUGUAUUGAAUUUAGUUUAAUUUUCUUGUACGUGUGUGAGUGUGAAUGUUGGUGUGUGUGGAUGAUUUAGCUCCUUCUUUUCUGGGCACCGGUCCAUGUCGCUCCAUUCUUUUGUACAGAUGAAGCUAAAAAAAAAAAAGAUAAAAAGAAGAGGGCAACAUUUGUAAAAUAUUGUGUCUGUGACUCCUUGUAAAAUAUUUUCAAAUUGUUUAUUACAGAGAAUCAGUUAUUAAAUAAUGUUCAUAUUUUUCACUUCA